AUGGCAUCAAUCACAAUCGCCGUCAUAGGAGCUGGACUCAUCGGUCCUCGACAUGCCCGGACAGCCUCGGCUUUAGAAGCAACUAAGCUGGUUGCCAUCGUCGACCCUGCUCCACCGGACUUGGUUGCUUCUCCGGACAAGCCAGAGGCUGCUAUUGUCUGCACGCCCAAUCACACCCAUGUCGCGGUGGCCAAGGAACUUUCGGCCGCAGGUAUCCACGUUCUCCUUGACAAGCCCGUCCUUGUUGGCCACCAUCGCAGAUUCAACCCGUAUAUUGUGUCUGCCAAACAAGUCCUUUCAUCUGGUUCGCUGGGUAACAUCAUCGCAAUCAGUGGACUAUGGGCGACACUCAAGCCCCUGGAUUAUUUCGAUGCGCCUACGGAGUGGAGGAGGCACAAGACGGGUGGAGUUGUGCUAAUUAACCUGAUCCAUGAGGUGGAUUUGCUUCACCAUCUGAUUGGGCCCAUCACCAAAGUCCAUGCUGAGAAGACAAUGUCGCAGAGAGGUUUUGAGGCCGAGGAAGGGGCUGCAUUGACGUUGAGAUUCAAGUCCGGUGUUGUAGGCACCUUCAUAAUCUCAGAUAAUGUGUGCUCACCCUACAAUUUCGAGUCUGGAACGGGUGAAAACCCACUCAUCCCCAAGACUGGCCAGGAUUCAUAUCGUAUCUUCGGAUUUAAGGCCACUCUCAGUGUCCCAGAUUUGACAUUAUGGUCAUACAAGGGUGAGAAGUUGUCGUGGCAUUCAGAGAUGGAAUCUCAAAAGACACCAGUCAUUCCGGGCAUUCCUUUCGAACUGCAGCUGGAUCAUUUCAGCAAGGUUAUCCGCGGGGCGGAGGAGCCUAGUUGCACUGUCCGGACAGGAUUAGCUGCCUUGAUUGUUUGCGACGCCGUGAAGAAGGCUUUGGAGACAAACACUACUAUAGAGAUUGAUGAUAACGAACUAUAG